AGCCUCCUCUCCAGCCCUGUCACCCAUUGUUUCUAAUGAGCUGCCAGCUGCCAGAGCUCCAAACUCUCACACUAGCGUGUGGCUUCUUUGCUGCGCAGUGAAAAGGACAGAAAAUAAAGACAAAGAGAAGGAAGGCUCAAGCCACGUGCGGUGUGCAGGGGACAGAAGCUCAUCAGCUGAGGGCUUGGCUACUCCUAUGACCAUACAUGGCGUAGCAAGGGCUUUCCUGGGACUACCUCUAGCCCUGCCUCCCCAGCAUUCCCAGCUGGUGUCCUACAAAUGGGAGACACUGGCCGAUAGUGCCAGUGACAGAGAAGCUUGCCAAGGGAGCCUGUUAGAAAUGAGUUUUUCACUGAACUUUACACUGCCAGUAAAUACAACAUCCUCUCCAGUUGUCACGAGUGCCAAAGCUGAUGACUGUGGUCCCUCUAUUGGACUAGCGGCCGGAAUUCCCUCCCUGCUGGCCACAGCCCUGCUGGUGGCCUUGCUGUUUACCUUGAUUCAGCGAAGAAGAGGCAUCGAUGAGCCCAUUGAGGAAAGUGAGAGACCAUGUGAAAUUUCAGAACUCUAUGACAAUCCCAAAAUAUCUGAGAAUCCUAGGCGGUCACCGACACAUGAGAUGGACCCACGAGGUGCCCAGGAAGGCCACAUAUAUGUGAAGACAGUCUCUGGAAGUGAGGAGCCCCUGCCUGACACCUACCGUCCUCCCGAAGAAAUAGAGAGAAGGAGAGGGCUGUGGUGGCUUGUGCCAAGGCUGAGCCUAGAAUGACGUAGCUUUAUCAGGGAGCUGACCUGGAGCUGGCACAGGGCUGAAAACCCCGGGAUCUGUGCUUGGGAACCAUGCUUGGAGAGGCGAGGGGCCAGCUGCCUCUCAUUCCAUAUAAAUUUCAUUUAUAGAUCUGGGGUGUAUCUGGGUUGUUUUUCCUUAUCAGGGGAUGCUGCAAUAAGGUUCAUUCAACCUCAGACCUUGCAGCUUAAUCAUCGAUACAGCCCAGGUGAGUUACUGUGCAUUCAGAUGAGCCCCCUUUGUCCUGUUUCUUAAUCCAGAGAAGUUUGCUUUUGGGAAAUAGGCUUGGCUUCUGAGUGUCCUGCCUUCUCCUCUGCCUGCCCCAUCUCUUAUCUUAAAAAGUAAGUAAAUAAAGCUAUGGGAGUUGGAUUUUCUGGGUCAUUGGCCAAGGCCAGCUUGGCACAAGCUAGGACAUGAGUGAAACUUACAGAAGACAUGGGAAAGAAGAUAUUUCUUCCUUCUGAAUAUCUCAGGGUAAGGCUCACAUGGAGCCACACAUGCCUCCAACACAGGGAAGCAUGUGACAAGACCACGUCAUACAGCCAAGAAGGGGACAUGGACUUCUGAGUCAGACCUGCCACUGAGCAGCUGUGAGAAGUCUGAUGAAGUCACCCACACUCUCCAAGCCUGUUUGGGGUGGUAUAAAAGAGGAGGGGGAGAUAUUCUGUGCUUCAUUUGGGCUUUGGAGAAAUUAUGUAAGACCUGAAGGGAAGAGUUUUCCACCUAGUGGACACUAGCAAUACCCAUUCCCACUCCUGACCCUGCUCCUCACACCUCCUCCCAUCCUGCUUGUCUGAUCAAGUCAAGAGGCUGCGCUGCAGCACCUCUCACCCAGAGUCACAAAGUCAACAAGGAAGUGUAGAUUCCAAACUUUCCUCAUGACCUGCAAUCCAAACUGUGGGAUUUAAAAAUAACUCUCAUUGUCCCACCGGUCUGCUCACUUGAACUCUGAACAGCAUUUGUCCUUGUGUGUCAACCAAGUUUCAACUUCCAAGUACAGAGGCCUGCGUUACACAUGACACGUUAACCUCCAGGAUGCUGACGUCUUUGAUGGCUCAUCUUCAUUGUCGACCUGAUGGGACUUAGAAUCACCAUGGAAACACACCUCUAGAAAGGUGUAACUGAACAAGAAGAUCCACCUGAAUGUGAGACGCACCAUUCUAGGGGCGGGGCUUCUGGACUGAAUCCAGAGGACUUCAAGUUGAGCACACAGAAUUCAUCGCCCUCUGUUUCCCGACUACAGAUAGACUGUGUGACCAGCUGCCACACUCUCCUGCGGCCAUGCCUUUCCGGCUGUGAUGAACUGACUGCACCCUCAAACUGUGAGCCAAAAGAAGCCUUUCCACCUUCAAGUUGAUUUUAUCAGGCAUCCAAUUGUAACAAUGAGACAUAACUAACAUAAAACUGAGAUUCAUGUUUUAAUGACUUUCUUUGCAAUGAGGCAUUUUGUUUUGAAGUAUUCUAAAGAAAAGAUGUUUGUGAGGGAGAGAGAUAAAGAGGACCAAAGAUGAACACAGGACCAAAGGGAUGGGUUAGUAUAUCUACACCUGCCAUCCGAGGGAAAUCUGGGGCUGACUUCACCAGCUUGGGCCAGGCCUUUGCCUUUACUUUCCCAGAUGGCUUCCAGGUAGCCUGGUCACAGCUUCUUCUGAUGCAUGGCCACUACCUUGGACAGACCAUGCUUCACAGUGGGAGAGGUGAGGUCUCAGGGCAUCUCUGGGAGCAUCUACAAUCUCCAUGAGCCACCUGGAUAUCCCAGGGAGCCAUCUUUUCUCAGAUGGGGCCUCUGGAUGCUCAGAAAUGAUUCUACUUCUUGAACAACAGGGAAUGGUUCUGUAAACCCGAUGACCACCACCCACUAAUAACUGCUUUCAAAGCAACUCUGAAAUUCAAUUUUGUGUUUCAUGGACCCAGCUCCUUAGAUAAGCUCAUUUGGGACAUCUUCAAGCAGCCAUGCCCAGGGAUGCUGAACAUUUACUUCUCUUACAUGGUGGGGAAGGACCUAGGACUCCCUGAGAACCUGAUCAGACUGUGGCCUUGUGGCUUUGAUGUAUACGGGUAUCAGCUCCAGCCUAGAAUGUUGGUCACCUAGAACCUCAGUUCUAUGCUUAUAAAACUGACCCCAGAGGGCAUCUGUGAGGCCUGAUUGAAAAACAAUUAUCAGUAAGCCUUGUAAUUGAUAAACUAAGGUAUGACUGUGUCUUAGAUACUCUAUUUUAAUUCUACUUACAAUCAAUUGCUUGGAAUCUUUAUUUUAAAUUAUUUUCACUAAAAUUUCAAGAGUCAGUAUUUCUGUUGGUACAAAAACUUCUUUUGUAAUAAGGUGGGAAAUAAAUGGCCAUCUGACAAA